AAGAGAAACGAUGAGUUGCGAAGGUUGCCGAACGAGGCCGGCCGGCGGCUAAGUUGUCCGUGAGGUUGGCGGCGAGGUUGGCGGCGAGGUUGGCAGCGAUAGCUCGAAGGAGAAGGGCCGAGGCCACGUGACUACGGCAGCCAAUCGGGUGGGAGCUAAGCCGGUGUCCGGCACAUGGCGACGCGCCGGCUUCGGCAUCCGCAGUCGCAGUACGUCGCAGUCAGUCGCAGUGGUAACACGAGCGAGAGGGUAGUUGCACGCGCCUGCCUUAGAGAGGAAAGACCGCGGACCGAGAUCGAGAGAAAGAGAGAGAAGAGAAAAGUAUUGCUGGCUAGUCGACGGUAGGAAGGAGAUACCAAGUACGCCCGGCUUUGUCCAAGAGAGAGAGAGAAGAGAGGGAGAGAGAAAGAAGAAAGGCGUGCGUAUAGUAGACGUGGGAGGGAGAGAGCGAGAGAAAGAAAGAAAGAAAGAAGGAAAGAAAGAACGAACGCGUCUCUCAACUCUGUUUGCCAGUAGUGUGCUCAGUCGCGCGACGACGCUCUCCAACGAUUCGGGUAAGUCUCUCUGUGUUGGUCGCUAAGAAAAUUAAGAAAGAGUUGGAGGACAUAUACGAUCGUGUCCGAUGCGACUAAAGAAAAGAGUUUAAGAGGACGUAAGUAAAAGAUUUACGAACGAACGAAUUACGAAGGCGCGCUGCGCAUCCGAAGACGACGACACCGCCGCCAACCCUGACGAACACGACAAGCGGUAGUUGCAGUCGAGAACUCGAACGAACAUUUUUUCCUAUCUUUUGGGAGCUGUCGCACUAUUAAUUAUUCGAAUAUAACCAUUCAUUCUUAUUCGCCUGUGCUGCGUUUAGUGUUUUCAUUAGAGAAAAAGCUUCUCUUCGUUGCCAACGAAAAGGAGAGAAAAAUAAAGAAAGAGAGAGAUAGAGCGCAGUGAUAGCGAACGGAAAAGAAGAGUGAAAAAAGGCAAGGCAAGGCAAGGCAAGGAAGGAAAGACGACUACGACUACGUUCGUCAUUAACGUUCGUUAUUUUUAUACGGUGCAUCGCUGCUUGCUUUUCCCUUCGCUCCUUCUCUUUCGAAGUACGCGCGCGAAACCGUUUUCAAAUAUCUCGUGUCGAGUGAACGCGAACGACGAACGUUUUCAUUGGACGGACCAAGAGGGCCGUUCCGACAUUAAAAAUAAGAAGUGUGUGUUGGUGCGCGCAUCAAGGUGAAAACAAAGAGAAAUAGACGGCGAGGAGUAAUCGAAUAAUCUCGGCUUCGAACGUUGAAAAAAAAAAGAACAUUUUCCAAAGUAAUAUUCGUCAAAGAGAUAUCAUCAAAAUGCCGACAAGUCUGUUUAGCGAGAUUGAUCGUUGCACGAAUGGGGUAUCUAACUCCAUAGAGGAGCAACGCGCUCUUCAGCUCGCGUUCGAGCUCUCGAUGCUUGGGCUCGAUCAGAGCACGCCCGGAUGUCCCGGUACCGGAACUAGCGCGGUCCCUGGUGCCAACACCGACCCGGAUCCUCUACAAAAUCCACCAAACAGCGUUUUCGAGGAAGCUCGUUCAAAAAAGAGCCAGAACAUGACCGAGUGCGUGCCGGUGCCUAGUAGCGAGCACGUGGCUGAGAUCGUCGGCCGACAAGGCUGCAAGAUCAAGGCUCUACGGGCUAAGACGAACACGUACAUAAAGACACCUGUACGCGGCGAGGAGCCGGUGUUCGUGGUGACCGGACGGAAGGAAGACGUAGCGCGCGCCAAACGCGAGAUCCUCUCCGCGGCGGAGCACUUUUCGCAGAUCCGAGCGUCAAGGAAAAGCACGUUGGGCGCGCUUCUGGGUGGUGCACCGCCCGGUCCCCCGGCCACGGUGCCGGGACACGUGACGAUCCAGGUACGAGUACCGUACAGAGUAGUAGGUCUGGUGGUAGGACCAAAAGGAGCGACGAUCAAAAGGAUUCAACAUCAGACGCACACGUACAUCGUAACGCCGAGUCGCGACAAAGAGCCAGUCUUCGAGGUUACCGGUCUUCCGGAGAGCGUCGAAGCCGCCAGGCGCGAGAUCGAGGGACACAUCGCCCUUAGGACAGGCACCGGUCUCGCAGAAGAAGAUCUUUUGGGUGCCCUAUGUCGCGGCGGGCUUGGCUCGAUCCUUGGCUGCUUGGUAUCAACGGGAAUAACUCCAUGCAACGACUCAAACUCUAACUCGAACGACUCCAGCGUUGGCUUCUCCUCCAGCGGCAGUUGCAGCAGCUCCUCCAGCAGUACCGGAGGACCGGGGCUGCACGAUCUCGUAGCGAUAUGGGGAAGCAGCAUGGACAGAGACGAGGGCCUGGGCGAUUCCCCCUCUUUCGAAUCUCAGGGACCCUCGGCCUCCUCCAUCUGGUCCUUUCCCAGCGUAACGCUACCCUCGAGACCUUCGCCCCCGGCAUCGGCGAGCCCAGUGUCGCCCACGGAUUCCCUCUUAGGAGGCGGUAGCGCCGGUGGUCGCCGCGAGUGCGUAGUCUGCGGCGACAAAGAGAUCACCGCCGCCCUCGUGCCCUGCGGACAUAAUCUAUUCUGUCUCGACUGCGGCAACAGAGUCUGCGAGAGCUCCAAUCCGAUGUGCCCCGCCUGCUCCAGGCCCGUUAUGCAGGCGCUUCGCAUCCUUUCAUAAACGCCCGCGUGCGCACCUGAGCGCACCCGAGCUAAGCUCCCGCACGCUAACAAGCACGACGGUUGCGCACAAUCUCUCUAUUCCACUGCUGCCAAUAAUAAUCUCUUACGCGCUAGGAACUUUUCGACAUUUCUGAUACACUUCUGAUACGUCGUCUUGUUCUCAGUGCCCGAUCGGAUACAACGAAGUCAGUUUUUAAGUUUUAUCACACUGAGAGUAGAGAGUUAGUAAAAGAGUCUAAGAGAGAGGAAGGAAAGGGGAGAGAGAGGAAGGAAAGGGGAGAGAGAG